UGCCCUCUUGAUCCUCUCAUGGCUCUUAUAUGGAGGCCAGUAGCAUCCCUCCUUGGUGCACCAGGCUUCAGAGAUGACAGCUAAACUGUCCUCUUCAUUUGGAAAUUUGACGACAGCAAACAUUGAACUGUAAACAAAAAGGUGCCUCACAUCCUACAAAUGGAGUGAUGGCAUGCCAGCAAAGUCCUCUUUGCAUGGAAGUAACACUAACUUCCGUAGCACAUUUGUGGCUUGGGUAAAAAGAAGUUCAUCCUUCAAUCCAGAGAGCAAGAAAAUGUCAAGCUGUGAUGAUGGUGAGGACACGUUUGAGCUGCAUGCGGUGCAGUUGGAACUGGAGGCCGUGGAGCGGCAGAUCCGGAUCCUUCUCGAGAAGCAGGCCGAGCUACGCGAGCGGCAGACAGCGCUGGAAACUUCUCGCGCUGACGCUCACCAACCCUCGGGACCUUGGGUGCUUCAGCAGCGGAAGACGCGAGCCAGGCCUCGGACCAGGACCUCUCCUCCGCCGCCCCCGGUCUUCGACGUCUCGACACGGAACCGCUUCUCCCCUCUUCGCGAGGCAGAACGCGACGCCGUGGUCAUCGGAGACUCCAUCGUCCGCCACGUCCACGCUACCACAGCCAAAGGUAAGGUGCGCAGUCACCGUUUUCCUGGUGCUCGUGUUCUCGAUGUCUCUGCGCAGAUUCCCGCGAUCCUCAACGGUGCUGAGACCAUCGGAGCUGUAGUGCUGCACGCGGGGGUGAACGACACCAGGCUGCGGCAGACGGAGGUGCUGAAGCAGGACUUCAGAAGCCUGAUCGAGACGGUACGAGCCACAUCGCCCGCGACAAAGAUCAUCGUGUCCGGACCGCUUCCGACGUACCGACGAGGACAUGAAAGGUUCAGUAGAUUAUUUGCUUUAAAUGAAUGGUUGAUGUCUUGGUGUAAUGAACAGAAGCUGCUCUUUGUAAAUAAUUGGAAUCUUUUCUGGGAGCGUCCUAGGCUUUUCCGUGCUGAUGGCCUGCACCCCAGCAGCAUCGGAGCUGAUCUUCUGUCAGAGAACAUCUCCAAGAUGCUUCGCACCAUAUGACUAGUAAGUCAAACCUCAAAUCACAGCCUGUGUUCUGCCCACUUCAUUGAUAGAAAUGUGAGUGUAGUACAGUCUAUAGAAACUGUGUCUAUUCCCCGAAUAGUGAGGUUUAACAAUAAAAAUAAAGGAUCUAGAAAAAACCUAAUCGUGAUCAAACCAGAUUUUUGUAAAAUUACUGAACAAAAACAAUCUCUAAAACUAGGGCUACUAAACAUUAGAUCGCUGACACCUAAGGCAGUUAUCAUAAAUGAAAUUAUCACGGAUAAUAGUCUUGAUGUAAUUUGCCUUACUGAAACAUGGCUUAAAGCAAAUGAUUAUUUUGGUCUUAAUGAGUCUUGUCCACCUGGCUACCGUUAUAAAAAUAAAUGCCGCCUGAUUGGCCGUGGCGGUGGUGUAGCAACAAUCUAUAGAGAGAUACUUAAUGUUACUCUGAGAACAAACUACAGGUUUAAUUCAUUUGAAAUUCUUAUGCUAAAUGUUACACUCUCAGAUAUAAGUAAAAAGUCGCUACUAUCUCUUGCUUUGGCUACCAUUUAUAGACCUCCAGGGCCUUAUGCUGAUUUCCUAAAAGAGUUUGCAGACUUUCUCUCAGACCUAUUGGUCAACGUUGAUAAAGCGCUGAUUGUUGGAGAUUUUAACAUUCAUGUAGACAAUACAAAUGAUACGUUAGGGGCUGCGUUUACAGAUUUACUAAACUCAUUUGGGGUCGAACAAAACGUCACUGGACCCAUUCACCGUCUUAAUCAUACUCUAGAUUUAAUUAUAUCACAUGGAAUAAAUCCUACUGAUAUAGAAAUUCUACCGCAAAGUGAUGACGUCUCUGAUCACUACCUUGUAACAUGCGUACUGCAUACUGAU